GCCAAACGGCUCUAACCAACCAAACAAUCAUAGCAUCGCCAUAGCCAGUGCCAGAGGCGUCUGAGGGAGCUGGCUGUCAGGUUCUGCUCUCUUGGCUCACACAAGUGUUUGCUCUCCCGCUCACUAGGGCUGAUGGAAGAUGAUUUGUCGAUGGGGCGUUUGCGAGUGUUCUAACGUCGUUGUGUUGUUUGGUGUGGCAUUUUAAAGGCGAUUCCCCCAAGGUUCGCAUUGAUUGGCAAGAACAUGCCCCGGAACUGCACCCGUUAAUUCCCCCGUAGUUAGGCAGGCUUUCUAACCAAUCGGAUCGGUAAAAGUCGUAUCACGAGCGGAAGUUGAAGGCGAUAUAGAUAGAUAACAAAGUGACACAGUGCUUGAUUGAAUAAAACAGAGAAUAAACAUUGGUGAAGUUUUAUGAAUCAACUGUAUCGGUGUGUUGGUAAUCACGGGUUCUCAGCUGUUGUCGGUCUCAAUAGGGUCGGUUACCAUUUGAAAUAUACCGGGCGGUCAAGCAUCUUUCAACGCGAGCUGACAUGUCAUGAGCUGCUCAGUGAUAUGUCCACCAGCGGUGCCCUCAAGAUCCUCAAAAAACUUCACAUCGUAGCGCUGCUGUUAUGCAUCAUCUUCAAAUAUCUGCCGCGGGAAAAACUCUCCAAGGGCAAUGAACUGGCUACCCGUUGCGAGCUGGACACCCGAGAGCUCUGCCCUGGCUGCUUCCGGCAGCCACCGGACUACUGUGAGUUCUUCCGGAAACGGAUCAGUGUUGAGGCUGGGGAUCUGUUAGAUCAACUAGUGUGCCGGUUUAAUCGGCACGGAGUCCGUUAUGGGCUACUGGAUGGUCAACAUCCGGUUGUCAUCAAAAAUCUCAACGAUGAUGGUCAAGUGGAGAAGCUGAGGGACUCCGUUUGUUACGAGCUGGGUAUUCCCAGAAGAAAUUGUCGCCUGGAAGGGGAUCCUCGAUUUUUGGGAGCGUUGAAGCGUAAAGUUUUAGAGGAAUCGCUCGUUGAGGGCUGUAUUGUUUGUCCAACGGGCGAUAGUAAGGCCCUUGAAUCGCUGCUUCUCGAUUUUGAAGAAAAUGAUCUGUUAGAUAUGGUUCUUAUGAGAGUUCAUGUUCAGCCGUUGUUGUUAAAGAUGUUUGCAAAGUUCAAUCUACCUGUACCGAAAUUUAUAUUCCAAGGAGGUUUCACUUUAGUAGAAAGUUACGACGGAGAUAUGCUAGAAAACUUUUACAAUAACCCACUGGAUGUUAGGUUAAGUAUUGCUUAUGAGCUGAUCGAUGCAAGCUUGCGCUUAACUUCUGGCGUCAAGCGUUAUAGAUUCUACCUCACCGACAUCAACCCGGACAAUAUUGCCGUGCAGAUUCUUCCCUCCGGCCGUGUGAAGGUAUCCUUCAUCGAUCUGGAUAACGUGAUAAUACUCGAUCGCCAUAGCAAACAAAUCAAGUACAAGAAGACUGCUGUUCAUUCCCGAAUCGACUGUGAUGGAUGUUUUGCCUUUGUUCAGGAGGAGAUUUGCUCGCACCAGAUGAGUGACAUCAAUUCGUAUGCGAUGUGUCAGCUAUUCCUGGAGGACAUUAAUGGAAAUGCGAACAAAGGUUUCCUACACACCAAGGAAGAUCGUUCCGAACUGAACAGGCUGCAUCAACUGUUGCACCAUUGUGUGUAUUGUGUACCUCCGGAUUGUCAGGACCGCCAGGAGGUCCUUCGACAAGUUCAAGAUAUUAUUCGUGCUGUCAAAUCUCGUUAGGCUAUAAAAUGGUUAUACUGUUAGCUAUAGUUAAGCAAAAAUACAUACUCUGCGUUUAUGAUGU